AUGGACCAAGACAGUGCCAUUCAUCGAAAUAGCGAUAUUCCAAUCAUUGAAAAACAAAGAACAGAACAGACAUGGUUUCAUCGACAAUGGAAAGAGAUAUUUUAUACACCCAAAGGGGUACGUUUACGGCACUACACUAUCGUGACAUGGUUGGGCAGAAUCGGUUUUAUUGCGAAAGGAAUUUUAUAUGCUGUCAUGGGAGGACUGUGUAUUGCUACAGCACAGCAUUUGACUGGUGAUAUUACAGGUACAGAAUCACCCAUGGGAGUCUUUAUUUUUUUGGGUUUAUUUUCAAUUGGUACACCUAUUCUUGUCAUCAUGUUGAUUGGAAUAUUAUUCUACUCUCUUUGGCGAUUUUGGGAAGGCUUCUCAGGACAAGGUUAUGAUGCACUAUGCUCGCCUUUUGGAAACUUUUUUCGAGCCAGAUUAUCACCGAUUGUAUCAGGCUGUGUGUACAUUGUUUAUUUAGUCUACAUUGGUAAAUUAUUGACACAAUCUCAUGAAGAGCGAAUACAGAGCGCCAAAGGAUCCACCGGAUGUUUUCCGUCCUGUUGGGCCAGUUCUGAUCAAUGGGUCUAUCGUAUGGCCGUGGGUGUUUUCGGUGUGGCCUUUAUCAUUGCUUUUAUUACACAGGCACAAAACGGUUUUUCCAACCGAUGGCAUAUUGAUUUGAAGACCGAGGAAUCCACCAAAAUUGAAAAGUAUAUGAUGUAUGCCCUAGGUCACUUGGGAUUUCUAGCCAGAGCUGGUGUAUUCAUGUUUGUAGCCGUCUUCAUGUUUAGAACACUACAAUACCCAGCCAUUGUGUCGGACAGAGACGCAUUUUCUGAUGCUAUUAAUCAAGUCAUCAGUAUCCAUGGUGGGUUUAUAGGCCUGUGGUUUUUGGGGAUCGGCUUAAUUUUGUUUGGUACAUUUGCCGUAUUAAAUGCUUACUACAAGUACUUUCCUACACCUCCUCCUAGCCGUAAUUACGUUUAUGAUCAAAAUUUACCGCACGUAACCCCUUCUUCCUCUAUUGUAUAA